CAACCAUGGGGUGCAUAAAAAGCAAAGAAGAUAAAGGUCCAGCCAUGAAAUACAGAACUGAUAAUACUCCAGAACCUGUUAUUUCCCAUGUCAGCCAUUAUGGAUCAGACUCCAGCCAAGCAACACAGUCACCAUCAAUAAAGGGAUCAGCAGUUAAUUUUAAUAGUCAUUCCAUAACUCCUUUUGGAGGGCCCUCAGGAAUGACACCCUUUGGAGGAGCAUCGUCUUCAUUUUCAGCUGUGCCAAGUCCAUAUCCUAGUACUUUAACAGGUGGUGUUACUGUAUUUGUGGCCUUAUAUGAUUAUGAAGCUAGAACUACAGAUGACCUUUCAUUUAAGAAAGGUGAACGGUUCCAGAUAAUAAAUAACACGGAAGGAGACUGGUGGGAAGCAAGAUCCAUUGCUACAGGAAAAACAGGCUACAUCCCCAGCAAUUAUGUAGCUCCUGCAGACUCCAUUCAAGCAGAAGAGUGGUAUUUUGGUAAGAUGGGUAGGAAGGAUGCAGAAAGGCUACUUUUAAAUCCUGGGAACCAGCGUGGUAUUUUCUUAGUAAGAGAGAGUGAAACCACUAAAGGUGCUUACUCCCUUUCCAUACGUGACUGGGAUGAGGUCAGAGGUGAUAAUGUGAAACACUACAAAAUCAGAAAACUUGACAAUGGUGGAUACUAUAUCACAACCAGAGCACAAUUUGAAUCUCUGCAGAAGUUGGUGAAACACUACAGAGAACAUGCCGAUGGGCUGUGUCAUAAGCUAACAACUGUGUGUCCCACUGUGAAACCACAAACACAGGGACUAGCAAAAGAUGCUUGGGAAAUUCCUAGAGAAUCCUUGAGGCUGGAGGUUAAGUUAGGCCAAGGAUGUUUUGGUGAAGUAUGGAUGGGAACAUGGAAUGGAACCACAAAAGUAGCAAUCAAGACACUAAAACCUGGUACAAUGAUGCCAGAAGCUUUCCUGCAGGAGGCUCAGAUCAUGAAGAAAUUACGACAUGACAAACUUGUUCCACUCUAUGCUGUUGUUUCUGAGGAACCAAUCUACAUCGUCACUGAAUUCAUGACAAAAGGCAGCUUGCUAGACUUCCUUAAAGAAGGAGAAGGGAAAUACUUAAAACUUCCACAGCUGGUUGACAUGGCUGCUCAGAUUGCUGAUGGCAUGGCUUACAUUGAAAGAAUGAACUACAUCCACAGGGAUCUCCGGGCAGCUAACAUUCUUGUAGGAGACAAUCUUGUGUGUAAAAUAGCAGACUUUGGUUUAGCAAGGUUAAUAGAGGACAAUGAGUACACUGCAAGACAAGGAGCUAAAUUUCCAAUUAAAUGGACUGCUCCAGAAGCAGCAUUGUAUGGUCGGUUUACCAUCAAGUCCGAUGUGUGGUCAUUUGGAAUUUUACUGACAGAGCUGGUAACAAAGGGGAGAGUGCCAUACCCAGGGAUGGUGAAUCGGGAAGUUCUGGAACAAGUGGAACGUGGAUAUAGGAUGCCUUGCCCGCAAGGCUGCCCAGAGUCUCUCCAUGAGUUAAUGAAACUGUGUUGGAAGAAGGACCCUGAUGAGAGACCAACAUUUGAAUAUAUACAGUCUUUCUUGGAGGACUACUUUACUGCUACAGAACCACAGUACCAGCCUGGAGACAAUUUAUAAGCCAACAGUCUAUAUAACAUGCACAAAUCUGCCAAAUGUAAAAGACUUGCAAAGAAUUCCUGACGUCUGUAAGGAAUCAAAGGAAAGAAAAUCUUC